AUAUAGCGUCUCUUGCGCAAACUGCAAAAGGCUUAUAUGUACAGUCUUGUUAGUCGUCUGUUCAGAUAAGAAUCAAAUAGAAAAUGGCAGAGUAUGGUAAAAUCAUCGUUCGCCAGAGAAUCCUCACUCUUUUUAUUUGUUGUCUUCUUGUCCGUAAUUAUUGUAAAGCAGGAACAGUUACCACCAAGUCAACCCUCACGGCGAGGAUAGGAUUUCAUCCGACAGAUUUUGAGUGCACAUACACGGUAGAUGCCGAUGAAAACGUCCACGCAGGGGACAUUUCCUGGCAGAUAGAAAAUACGACCGGGAGCGAGAACUUUGAAACAUUGGCGGAGUUUUCUCCUCCAGACGCUCAUGGAAAACACAACCAGUUUGCCAGCACAGCAACUGGUUCUGACUUUAAAUCCCGAUCUGUACUCUACGACGUGGUGAACAGUGGUGUGAACACGUUUACCGCGGUGUUUAGACUGAACGAAAUAAGGUGUGAAGACGAAGGGAAUUACAGAUGCGUGGUCGGGUUCUCUACUUCAUCGGGAUCGUACACUAAAUCUUCAAAUGUUUCACUAAUGGUUACAGUUCCCGCUGAAAAACCGUAUCGCGCACCGGUGCCUUUACCGGACGUUAUCGAAGAAGGUACAAAGGUACAGUUUUCCUGUACAGCCAACGUAGGGAAGCCUCCAGGAAAUAUCAAAUGGUGGCGCUUCAAACCCAACAAAGCCGUACCGGACCAUCUAGGGGAGCUGAGUACUACACCUACAAUGGUAGAAGACGUCUGUGUGUACAACCUGACCAGCUCAAUAUUAGCCUACACGAUGUCCAGGAACGACGACCAAUCCGUGUUUAGAUGCUCGGUCAGCAAUGACCUUGUAAAAGCCGACAAAGACUAUGACAACCCACACGAGGACACCAAAACCAUUCGUGUUCUCUACAAAGUAGGUAGCCCCAUCAUUGAGGUGACCCCAAACAAAACUGAGUUUACCGCGGGCUCCUUUGUCAUUCUGUCCUGUAACGCCAAUGGCUACCCGAGUCCCCUGAUUGACAAUCACAUCAACUAUCUCCUCUGGACAUUCACGCCCCAUGGUAAAAGUGAUGACGUCAUUCUUAUCUCCAACAAUGGCCUCCUGAGUCUGGAGAACCUACAGCACAAGGAUUCUGGAAGAUACACCUGUACCGCUCACAAUGGCUUCAAUGGCAAAACCUUCAGCAGCAGCAACCACGUGGACCUCUCUAUUCACCCAGGUAAAACAGAGAACCAAAGCAAUGUAUGCUAAGAUAUUCUAAGAUUAUAUCUAGUGUCUUUUACAAUGAUUAUAUUACUUACGUAUUACCAUUGAUUUCAACAUUUCAUACUUGGUAUAAUGCUUAAAUAUUUUCCCUCGCUAUUCAACGUUAUCCCUCCUCCAAAGCUUUUUUUGUUGUUGUGUUUUAUUGAUAUAAGUUAAAGAGUUCUCAAUAAUAAAAAAAAUUAUUGGUAUCUUGCAUUAAUUUAUUUGUUAAUGUGUGAUAUGCAUACACUCAAACAUUUUAUAACACAUGCAAAUAUACAUUCAACUUUAAUCUGAAACUCUUUUAUUAUGCAGGCAUAUUAAACUUCUUUGAAUGUAAGUAGUAACCCACACUUUAUUGUUUUGGACACCAUUUUAUGAAUUGUGUUGAAUGUAUUUUUCUUAUUCAGUAAGCAACCUUCGUUGUACUGGCCCUGUCAUCUGUAACUCACCUGAGGUGAAGGCUCUAUUAGGCUUUUCUUAUCAAAAUUCGUCCGAUGUCUGCACAUGGUCUGGUAACAUGCAUUUUUUCGAUUUGCAUGAUUUAUUCACAGUUAAAAGUUGAGAAAAACUUAAAAAACAGAAUUGAUGUAAAAUUUCAGAUCACUUUGCAUUUAAUUAAAAAUGAGUUGAAUUGUUUAAGGUACACUAGGAACCAUUUUUAAAUGAACCGUAUCAGUCUAGCCCGUUUCGCUCAAGCUAUUAUAGCAGGUUAUUCGAUGUAGUUUCCAAUAAAUUUGUCCACUCGAAACGAGAAAUGUAUUCCAUCAUUGACCAAUCAUAUCCUAUAUUUCAAAUUUCGAACUCGCCUUAAUAGGUGCUCAAAAUGCUUCUUGAUAUAAUUGAAAUGUAGAUUUACGUUUUUUCAAGUCAUGAAACCGGACUGAUGAUGUCCUCCGAAAGAGGUGCAAGUCUAACAUAGGAAUGGAUAUAGAAAGACUACGAGAAUUCAGUUUUCCAAUGUAGAUAAAAGUAUAUCAUAAUUAGAAUACUUUCAGUGGUUACCUUUUUCAAAAAACAUUUUAUAAUAUUUACUCAAAAUUAUGUCUUGAAUAUGUUUCGAAAGAUAAAAAUUAUAAAAGCACCAGCAGGAUUCGAAUUCAUGACAUACUGAUUUUUAGUUAUGUUCUAACUCAUUAUGCUGUGCUUCUUGAUAAAAAUGUUGGUUUUAUUCUUUAUUUUGAUAGGAAGAACGUCACAAUACCACCUUGAACUGUGACAUCCAUACUUAUAAUUGGCCAUAAUUUUACAAUGCGAGUAUUUUAGAAUAAGUAAAAUAAGUUUGUUCGAAUUGUGAUUUUGACCUCAAGCAUAUCUGUAAAAAUUAGCAUACAAACACUUAUAGAAAUGCAUUUUCGUUGCAACAUCUACGAACUACAAAAAUGCGCAACAAGCAUUAAGACUAUAAUCAGCUUUGUUUUGUUAGUCUCCCUUCUACUAAAGAGGAUCUAAAAGGGAGGUAAUUUCAUCCAAAGAAUAAUUGAAGAGUAGAUUUUUAAACAUCUUAUUUUCAAAAAUAACAUUGUUUAGAAUCUUUUUCUGAAGCCGGGGCAUCCAGGAUAAUAAUAUGGCCAUGUAAGGGAAACAAACACGAUUUCCUCUUUUUC